ACGACGCCCAAAGGGAAACAAUCACAGACCACUGGAUAUCGCACGUUUAAUGUGUAAAUGGCGACGGAUAGCAUGUGCUGGGGCUAAUUACCCUCAUGAGUGGCAAGAUUAGCGACCCCUUUAGCCAACCGCAAUCCGCACUACUACGUGUAUACUAUCCGUGACAUGCUCAUAAUCGAUACCUUGUAGAGCCUAUAGCAAACAUGGAAUGCUUAAUUUUUAGAUCGUGUAAUAAUAUGUCCGAGGAAGAACGUGUUCUGAACAUGACGUUGGUGAAUGGGAGGAAUUUCGACACACAGAAGAUGCCCUGGUUCUUCCUGGUGCUUGAGGUGACGCUCAACGUGGUCGUCAUACUGGGCGACAUCUCGUUACUGUUCUUAUACUUUACAAGAAAACUUUUAGGACAGGCCACCAACAUUUUAGUCUUUUCCGUGGCCGUGGGAGACCUCAUGACUGCCGUCGUUACAAUGCCACUCGACAUCGCCCAGAAAUUUGUUUACGAUCUGUCGCCGUAUUUAUGCAAAAGUUACUACUAUUUUUCAAACGUCGGUAAAACGGCCAUAGCGUUUUCGAUUCUAUUUUUAGCAACGGAACGAAUAUUGGCGUCUCUGGAUCACAGACUGCGCCCUCUGUCGGCGGGGCGGUGUCUCUUCUUCACCAGUCUUAUUUGGUUCUUUGCCGCCUCCUAUAACAUUUGGUCCGUGGUUUUGUACCACACCCAGUACUACGUGUUUCAGGAGGAACCUCUGACACACGUUGCGCUGUGCUUCAUCUCCCUGCAGUUCAUGCACGUGUUUAAAGUGUUCGUGGUUCUGGACUUCCUUGUCAUGUUCCUGCUCCCCUCCCUGGGGACUCUGUCCCUCUUUAUUUUGUUCGUUAGUAAAAAGACGACGUCCUACCAGCCCGGACGGCCGUACAGACCCUCCAUAUCUGUCAUAGUGUUCACGUUCGCUCUCUACGUCUGCUUCGUGGUCAGUCACUUCCCUCUGGAGGUGACGAUGUUUUUGAUAGACUACGAAUCGGCAUUGUUUCUCAUCAACGAUGCCAGUGCGUUCAGAUUGUUUCAGCUGUUUUCGUUUUCUCGAGGAUUCUGGGAUCUGUUUAUAUUUGGUGCGUUUCGACAUUACAUCUGUAGGAAAGAGAAGGUGCUUGCCCAUAUGAGAGACCAGCGGGCGGCGGUACAAAGUCGUGGGAAACUGUCUCUUGACGUACCAGUCCAGCCGUACUCGACCAGUUUAUUGGACAGCGACCAAGAGAUCUCUCAAAGAAUAUCAAGCGGUGAUUCUAGACGGUAGGAUACGGUAGGACAUGGUAUGUUUUGAUAGGACGUGAAACAUAUUUAUGGAACAUCACACAAGCUUAAGAUUCUAUCAAAAUGUUAUAAACAUGUUUUACAAUAAACAACAACAAUUAAUGCUUCGUUUCAAAGAUAUAAGACUUUUAUAUUGUAAUGUAUUUUGUACAAGGUGCUAUUGGCAAUAUCGAGAAGACAACAAAAACGUAAACCGUUUUGGAAAUGACAUAAAAUCAAAUAUUUUUAUGAACAAAUUAUUCUUUUAGACUUUUGUUUGUUAACUUUUGCUCUUUUUUUCAUGUGUUGCUUUAGUACCGUAUUAA